AUGGCAUGCGAAAUGAUUGUCGUGGAAGGCCGAAAAUCCUUUAUACUGACUUUCCCCUCAGUGACCCCCUUCGACGUCCUCAAAACCCGACUCCAAACUAUCCCCCCUCACCCCUCCCACCCAUCACCCCCACCCAUAUCCCCUGAAUGCUGCCAAACCACCCUCCCCAACCCCGCAUCCACAUGCGCCACCUCCCCCUCCCCCUCUCCGCCUGCUUCGGCUUCCGGUACAAAACCGCAAGGCCAGUUGUCAUUCAGCGCCCUCCGUCCUUCCUCUGCGCCUGUGGCCCCCCCGAGCGGGUGUUUGAACCCCUCAAAGUGGGCGGGGAUAUGGGGCGAGACGCUCGUCAUCGAGAAAGUAGCGAGGGCUGGGAGCGGGGUGUUGGUGUUACCGAGGCAGGUUGAUGCUCAGCGCUUGCGGGGGGCUGGGGCUGCUUUUGGGGAACAGUCGAGGAAGAUGCUUGGAGGGUCGUUUUGGAGGGAAGUGAGGGCGGUACGGGCUGAGGCGGGGGUGAAAGGAUUAUGGAAGGGUGUUGGGACUGCCAUGAUGAUGGGUAUCCCCUCGUCGGCAAUCUAUAUGCUCGGCUACGAACACCUCUCCACUAUCAUCUCCCCCUACUUUCUCCCAGCCGAAACACCCCUCUACGCCUCCACCUCUCCAACCACGGCAGAAGAAGGAUUCAUCUACGAAGACGACCAGCUGCAGAUCCUCACUCCCCCACGGUCUUCUUCCUCGGGUAUAACGACAUUGUCUGCAAGUCUGACGCCUGUACCGCUGAUAGCAGGGAGUCUUGCGAGGACGUUGAGUGCGACCGUCAUCUCGCCCAUAGAAAUGUUCCGGACGAGGCUGCAAGCCCUUCCCACACCAAACAAACCCCCACCAACCUACGCCUCCGUCUCUUCCGACCUCCUCUCCCUCACCCGCUCCAAAGGCCUCUCCGUCCUCUAUCGCGGCCUCGGCCCAACACUCUGGCGGGACGUCCCUUUCUCCGGGCUAUACUGGGCCGGCUUUGAAGGACUUAAAACGUUCCUCACGCGAUCCCGCGAGGGAGGGAGGAUGAGCUGGGCGGAUAGGGCAGGGUUGGGGCCGACGGGGGUGAGCUUUACGGCGGGGUUUUUUAGUGGGACUUUUGCGGCGCUGUUGACGCAGCCAUUUGAUGUGCUCAAGACCAGGAGACAGGUUUUCAACCCUCUCCCAUCUUGUCCGCCUUCAUUCUCUUCCCCUCUCCCCUCUCUUCCUUCCAUUCUCCACCACUCUUCCUCUUCUUCUUCUUCUUCCUCCUCUUCUUCUUCCACAUCAACCUCUACCGGUGGUAACCCCCAAAAACGGGUACGACCAUCAACCCUCGCCCUCUGCCGGCACGUCAUCAAAGAAGAAGGGUGGCAAGCCGUCUUUAGAGGGACGAGCGCGAGGUGCGGGAAGGUGGCGCCGGCUUGUGGGUUGAUGAUUGCUUGUUAUGAGGGGGUUGGGCGGGUACUUGGGGGGGAGGAGUAG